AUGCGAGACGCGCUGACUCGCGUCGCGGCCGCCGCGCUUCGGCGCGCGACCGCGCUUCGGCGCGCGACCGCGGCGACGCGCGCGCUCGCGCGGUCGGGACCCGCGCGUCGAUGCGCGCUCGCCGCCGCCGGGCGCUCGGCACCUCCGCGAUCGACGGCGCCCUGGUCCGCCCGGGUCGGAGGGUUCCCCGCGCGCGGAUUCGCCGCGUCCGCGUCCGGCGGCGGCGACCGCGCCGUCGGCGACGCGUCCGCGACGACUUCCGAAGUCGCGUCCGCGACGGACGGCGACGCGACCGUCGACGCGACGGAGCGCGACGGCGCGGAGAAACCGAACCCGCGGAAGGAUCUGUACAUGAUGUUCACCUGCGGCAAGUGCGACACGCGGGCGGUGAAAGGGUUCUCGCGCCAGGCGUACGACAACGGCGUCGUCAUCGUUCGGUGCCCCGGAUGCCAGGCCCAGCACUUAGUCGCGGACCGAUACGGGUGGUUCGGCGAGCCCGGGAGCGUGGAGGACUUCCUGCGCGAAAACGGGGAAACCGUCGUGCGAGGCAGGGAAUUCGCGGGAGAGGAGAACGAGGACGGGACGUUGGAGUUCGACGAAGCUCAGCUCAGCGCGUGGAAGGAGAAGGUGAACGCGCGGACGCCUUCGGAAUAG